CGUCACAAGUCUGAGUCCAGGCUGCACUAGGUAGUAAGACCUUAUCUCAAAAAACAAAACAAAAACAGGUGCUGGUCUCCAGCCUGGGACUAUGUGAGGGUCUGGCCGCUCCAGGUCAGCGUCCUCUGGCUCUGAUAGAGAUAGUGUCUCGGCUCUCCCUACACCCGCUGUGGCGUCUGCUAGGCUGAGGGUACGAUUGCUCGGGUGACCUUGCCCACAACCGGGCGCAGCCAGCAGCGCUGUCAUUGCGCGGUCCGGGCUCACGCUGCUCCGAGUCUCUCUGGCUUCUGGCAGAUUCAGUCACUUUUUUUUUUGGUGCUGGGGAUCAAACCAGGGCCUCAGGCAUGAGAAGCACGAUCUCCACCCCAGCCCCGCAGUCAUGUGGGCAAAAUUAUACAUGGGCAAAAUUUCACGUCUUCAGCUCCGCCAAGGCUAAUUUUAUAUUCUGUUAAAUCACUUGGUUUUGUUCUGAUGGCUUCCUGCUUGUUGUCGGCAUAAUUACAAGGAAGUCGAACUUCCUCCAAGGCAAGCGCACAUGGUCCAAAAUAAGAGCAGAUUUGCUGUAAACGCAGGAAACGACCUGAGGCUUUCAAUAAGGGGGCACAGUGCGGCCCCAGAAUGCUUCUGUGGGCGCUCGGCGCCUGGGCACCUGCGUCAUCACUGAGGCGUGAGGAAAGGGCUCCAGGUGCUCCCCGACACGUGGACAACAACAGCCUGCGUCCUCCGAGCGCCAGCGCCAGGGCUGCCCAGGAUGGGUGGCAGCCGAGCCCGAGGGACGCGGGCCUGGGCCUGCAGGACCCUGCUGCUGCUGCUGCUGCUGCUGCUGCUCUGGGGGGCCGCAGCCCCCGCCCCCGCCCUGGAAGGCGACCCCGCCAGCCUGGACAGCGUGCAUGUGCAAGAGGUGGCAGAAAUAAAGAAAAACAACCUCCUGACUUUCCUUGCGAGGUGGCACGCCUGGACCUCCCACUCCAGCCCUGGGGACCUCGCAGGGGGCGCCGCCGGAGAGCCGGGCAAGGGGCAGGAAGGCGCACCCCUGCAGCAGCCCCCUCGGCGAGACCAAACACGCUGCAAAAACUUCUUCUGGAAGACCUUCUCCUCCUGCAAAUAAUCUCCCCGCGAUCUUGCCCAGGGAGAGCAGUGUGGACCCAAUAAAGUGAAUUCAGCAGCACCGUC